ACUGUCCGAGCAAACACUGCUGGUGGAGAAGCUCAUGGAGCAAAACAAGCAGAAGGACAGAACCAUCGCUUCCCUCGGCAUGGACGUUCAGAAGCUGGUCGGUGGGGCUGGGGAGCGGGCUGGCUGUGCAGUGGCAGGUGUGGCCCAGGCAGACACUGUGUGCCCAGAGCUGGUGUGGAGCAGCAGCUCUGAGGGUAAGGAAGCACAGACCUGCCUGAAGAGCCCCCCGCGGGCCACGUCCCUGCACCAGGGGCUGUCCCCACCAUGGGCCCGCUCACCAGAUGCCCUGGACCCCGCAAUGCAGGCCGUGUGGGCAGCUAUUGAGAGGCGGCAGCAGCGGGAACAGGGACUUGUCCCUGAGCCCCGCAGCCCCGAAGAGGCCUCCGGUCUUACGUGGGCCCUUUCUGAGGGGCUCACGCCCCCCAACCCUCAGCAGGAGCUGCACCUGCAGCUGGAGUCUGCCCAGGCGGCAGCGGCCAGGCUCCGGGAACAGCUGUCUGAGUGCCAGCGGGAGCUGCGGGCCUCGCAGAGGCUCCUGCAGGAGCAGGUGCAGGAGCAGGCUCGGGAGCGCGAGGACUUCCUGGGCCAGCUGGAGGCUCAGAGGCGCGAGGCGCAGCGCUGCCAGGCAUCAGCCAAGCUCUUGGGAAGGGAGAAGGCAGCUCUGGAGAUGGUGGUGGAGGAGCUGAGAGGGAAGGCGGACAUUUCGGAUGCGGAGAAGCAGCGGCUGGAGGCCGUGAACUGGGAACUGCAGAGCAGCCUCCUGCUGUGGGCGGAGCAGAAGGCAGGGCUGGAGCUGCAGGGCCAGUGGGGCCUCAGGGAGCUGGAGAACAGUCAAGGGCGCCUGGAGCAGCUGGAGGAGAAGUUCUCAGGGCUCAGGAAGGAGCUGGUGUCGGCCAGGGAGGCGCUGAGCGCAGCACGGCUGCAGAGGGACGUCGUGGAGGGCGAGAGGGAGAGUCUGCGCGGGGCCCUGGCCCGGGUCAAGUCCAGCAACACUGACCUGGAGCUGCUUGUGUCGCAGCUGAAGUCGGAGGGGGUGGAGCAAAGGGACGCCCUGGCCACGAUGGCCACCCUGAUGGAAGGACUGGCUCAGGACAAAAGCAGCCUGAACCACCUGGUCCUCCAGCUGGAACAGGAGCGGGAUCAGCUGCAGGAGCAGCAGAAGGUGCUAGAGCAGGAGCAGGCCGGUGCCCGGGAGCAGCUGGCACGGGCGGAGCAUCAGCUGGAGUGCAUGCGGGCGGAGCGGAGGGGCCUGCAGCAGGCCUGCCGGAGCCUGGAGAAGCGGCAGGAGCAGCUGGAGGGGCAGGCAGCCCUGCUGGAGAGCGAGAGGGCCCAGCUCCGGGAGCAGGUGGGCCAGGUCACAAACAAGAAACAGGCCCUGGAGGAGCAGCUGGCACAGAGCCUGCAGGACCAGGAGGCCCAGAUGGACACUCUGAAGCAAGCUCUGCAGGAGAAGGAUGCUUUGUCUGAGGAACGGGCCCAGCUACUGUCCAAGCAGGAGGCCCUGGAGAGGCAGGGCCAACUCAUGGCUGAGGAGGCAGCUGGUCUCAGGGCCGAGAGGGACUCUCUGGAGAGCAGCCUCUUUGAGGCCCAACAGCUGGUGUUGCAGCUGCAGGCUCAGCAGGAACAGCUGGAGGGACAGGUCCAGAGCACACGGCUCGCUCGGCAGGCCCUGCAAGGGGAAAUGGAGCAGCUGAAAAGUGACUGGGAGGCCCAGGAGACGAGGCUGCAGCAGGACGUGCGGCGGCUCCAGGAGCAGGUGAUGCAGCGGGAGCAGCACACACAGCUGGCCCUGGAGCGCCAGGCGCUGGCCCACCGCGAGGACCUGGCGCGGCUGCAGGGGGAGAAGGAGACCCUGAGGUUGUCCCUGGCAAGGGAGAAGGAGGCUGCCUGCCGGCUGGAGCAGGAAAAGGCGCUGGUGGCAGCAAGUGCAGCCGAGAGGGAGGCUCUGCGGGUGGAUCAGGACGAGCGCCUCCUCCGGCUGGAGCAGGAGAUGCAGCAGGCCCUGUCUCUGAAAGAAGCAGAGAGGAGCCUGCUGAAUGAGGAACUCUCCAGAGCCACACGGGAGCUGGAGCGUGUGCGGCAGAAGGCCCAGAGCCGGCAGGAGCAAGCCGAGGCCAUCAUCAGCACCACCACGGAGGAGCUCAAAGCCCUGCAGGUCCAGUUCGAGGACGCCAUCUCCAGCCAUCAGAGAGAGGCCACGGCGCUGAGCGAGGGUCUCCGGGAGAUGGCGGCAGAGCGAAGCAAGGCUGGGAGACAGGCUGAGAGGCUGCGGGCACAGCUAAACAUGGCCCAGGAAGGGCUGGCCGUGCUGCACCGGGAGCUGCAGAGCAGCGAGGAGAGGCACGCAGGGCUGCGCAGGGAGGCCCUGGACGCUCGCUGGGCGCUGGGCGCCGAGGCCCACGAGAAGGGCGUGCUGCAGCGCUCCAAUGCCGAGCUGCGGGCCGCUGUCCGCAGAGCCGAGCAGGAGAAGGCCAGUUUCAAACAGUCCAAGGAGGAGAAAGAGCGGAAGCUGCUGGUCCUGGAGGAGGCCCGAGCCGCGGCUCAGAGGGAGGCCGUGGAGCUGCGGGCCAGCCUGCAGGAGCUGGAGAGGGCGCGGGCACACGCGCUCCGGGAGCUCCAGGAGUGCCGCAGACAGGUGAGGAGGCUGGAGGCCGAGAACCAGAGGAAGACCCGCGAGGUGAGUGGGCUACAGGCCCGUGGGACGCAGGACGCACAGCGCCAGCAGCAGAGCCAGCAGGAGGCACUGGGGCUGCAGAGGCAGGUGGCUGAGGCAGAGGCUGCCCGCGAGGGGGCCCAGAUGGAGGUCCUGGGGCUGCAGCGGAAGCUGGCGGAGGCGGAGGCUGCGGGGGAGGCCCAGGAACAGCAGCUGGAAGAGCAGCUGCGCAAGAGCCGGGGGGCCGAGCGGACCCUUCGGGCGGAGCUGCGCAGUGUCUCCAGGAAGCUGCGGCACGCCAGCGGGGUGGCUGAGGGCCUCCAGUCUCGCCUGGACAGGGCCUGUCACCGGAUCCACAGCCUGGAGCAGGAGCUGGCCCAGGCCGUGGGCGCCCAGCGGGACGCGGAGGCCCAGCUGGGCCGUCUGUGCUCCACACUGCGCCAUAGCCUGGGGCUCCAGGGACAGAGUCCCUCGGCUGCCCCUGAGCAGCCCAGCUCCCCCACCAAAGGCUCAGACAGCUUCCAGGCUCACCCUGGGUGGCAGGGUGCCAGCCCCCCCACCAGCCCCUGGCCUGCGCCUGGAGACCUCAGUCCAGAGGUGCAGGACACCCUGGGGAACUUUGUGCAGAAACUUUGGGAUGCCCAGAGUGAGCGGGACGUGCAGGCAGCGCACCUGCUUGGCCGGCUGAGCAAGGCUGAGCGCAAGCGUGCCCGAGCCCACAGCCACAUGGGGCAGCUGCAGGAAGCCGUGGUCCAGGCGGAGGAAGGCCAGCGCCGGGCAGAGGCCAUGCUGAGCAGCGCCCGGGCAUCGCAGGCCCUGCAGGAGGAGGCGCUCCAGAGGCUGGAGACGCAGCGCCUGGCGAGUGCACAGGCAGCAGGCCAGGAGAAGCGGCAGCUCCAGGCACCGGGUCCCAGCCUCAGUGGACCAGAGGGGCUCUCAGCGCCCUUGGACUCUCACCCGGCCUCCUCCCUGCCCUGCGCCCAAGUACGCCACGCCCAGCUCCGCCUGCCCCUCACACCCUUCAUGCCAGCCCUGUGGCGCGCCCUCCCCACCGGGGCCCAGACCGAGCGGCAGUCCCGGGUGCUAGAAGCGAAGUCCAGCACACAGCUGCUGGGGUCCCGCAGAGCAGCUCGGGUUGGGGCCCACACCGUGGACGCCGGGCCACAGUGGAGCUGA